CGAGGUUUCCAGGGGGCUGAGGAGAACGCGGCGAUUGUUAGCUCGGCUCCCUUCAGGGCUCGGCCGAAGGCAGCCGUUCUAGAAGCAUCUCCGUGGAAAUCGCGCUUCGGUUCGCGCCUCCUUCUUCUUCUUCUCCCUUAUACCCGGCAAGUGGCGGAGAAACGGAAGAGCUUGGACGUUCCCGCGGAAACGGAAGCGCGUCCCGCCAGGGAGAUGGCGGCGCUGGUGAAAGUCGUGAUACACUGUACUAGAGAACCUCACUGGAUUGCAUUAUGCAACGGAUUGAUACAAACAACAUUAGCUCAACGACAAUGGGGCAGAUUGCUCCAUCCUUCUCUCCAGAGACACAACAAUGGCCAGUUUCCAUUAACCAAAGUUUGCUGUAAUUUAAUACAAAGUAUCAGGACAAUGAAACAACCAAACAGAACAUUUCAUCACACAAAGGUUUUUAGAAAUUCCGCUCAGCCAUCUGAAGAGAAAGUAGGCACUUUCACAAAGAUAAUAGAAGCAAUGGGAUUUACAGGGCCACUAAAAUAUAAAAAAUGGAAAAUUAGAAUAGCAGCACUACGCAUGUAUACAUGUUGCGUUGAGAAAAUAGACUAUGAGGAAUUCUUUAACAAAUUACAGCUCCCUGACACUUUCAACUCUUGGUUUUUAGUAGCACAGCUUCAUGUCUGGAUGUGCCUAGUACGAAUGAAGCAAGAGGGCAGAACAGGAAAAUACAUGUGUUACUAUAUUGUAUAUGCUAUGUGGGAAGAUGCUGAGCAACGUGGGAAGGUUAUGGGAGUUAAUUCUCUUAUCCUAAGAAGAAGUCUGAGAACCUUGACAGAAGUUUUCUAUGCAUCUAUUUUUGGAUAUGAUGAGGGAAUACUCUCAGAUGAUCAUGUACUUGCAGCAGCUAUCUGGAGAAAUCUGUUUGAAACACAUUGCAAGGAUCCUAGGCAGCUGGCAAUGAUGGUAGAAUAUGUGCGCAAGCAGGUGCAGCAUCUGGAUGCUAUGUCAGGAGAAGACCUGCUGCUGUCUGGGGAAGUGACUUGGCGCCCCCUAGUGGAACCUAAUCCACAAAGCAUUGUAAAGCCUGUUUCUCCAGUAUAUAAUGAUGAAGGACUUUGAAUCCUUGGCAACCAACUUGAAAAUGUUUGCUGUUGUGUAUAUUACCUUCAUACAUGGAACAAUUUCUGGAAGCAGGAACUGGGAA